AUGAAGCUGGAAAUCAUGCCCAGGCAGAGGGCCCUGGAGGCGGGGCAGCGGGAGGAGGCCAUGGAGAUGAGCGGCCUCGAGCUGUGGAAGCACGAGAAGCCCCCCAAGAUCUUCCCCAUGCCCCCGCCGCUGCCGCCGCUGCUGGCGGCGGCCGGGGCGGGGGGCUACGACGAGGCCACGCUCGUGCCGCCGCUCAACUUCGCCAUGGUCGACGACGGCAUCUACCGCUCCGGCUUCCCGGCCGCCGCCAACUUCCGCUUCCUCAAGUCCCUCAACCUCCGCUCCAUCGUGUACCUCUGCCCGGAGCCGUACCCGGAGAUUAACACGGAGUUCCUCGAGAAGAACGGAAUCAAGCUCCACCAGUUCGGAAUCGAGGGCCGCAAGGAACCAUUCGUCGAGAUACCCGAUGAGAAAAUCCGGGAGGCGCUUAAAGUUGUCCUAGAUGUAAGAAAUCAGCCAUUACUUAUUCACUGCAAGAGAGGCAAGCACCGAACUGGAUGCGUCGUCGGUUGCAUGAGGAAGUUGCAGAAAUGGUGCCUGUCUUCGGUCUUCGACGAGUACCAGCGCUUCGCCGCUGCGAAAGUGAGGAGCACCGACCUGAGAUUCAUGGAGCUGUUCGACGUCGCGAGCUUGAAGCACCUGACCAACUCACAUUGUUAA